AUGGAGAGUUUAGUAAAACUCUUUAUGUUAUGCAUGCUUGUCACUACUGCAGCAACAGUUACUGUCGCUGGGGCUAGCACAUGUCAAACUUACGUUAAAAGUUGUAUUGGCGGAUCCCAUUCUUUGCAACAUUAUAGCAACAUAACUUAUUGUACCAGUGAUGGUAAAAAGUACAUUGGAAUAUGUGGCUAUUUGAAUGCCAGUUGUUUAAAUCCGAACUUAACGAUAACAGCUAAUGGUUACAAUUGUGAACAUAAAGUUUUUCACCGUGUGACAACCACACCAAAACCGCUGACCUACUUUGAGAUCAAUCUAUUCCACGCCAUUAGUAGAACCAUUGACGAUCGCCUUCAAUUGUCAAGAGCAAGAGGAAUUACUCCUGAGAAAGCCAAACCAAUCUUCUCAAAACAAGAUCAUACUAACAAAGUUUACGUCAGAAAUACGCAUUGUUGGGCAUAUGGUUUAGAUUUAACAUCAAUAUCACCAUGGAAUAGCAAUCACGGUACUAGAAAAGCCGGAACCUUGGUUACUAAAAGACAUUUACUAUGGGCAAGGCAUUACAGUUUAAAAAUUGGCGAUACCGUUCGAUUUAUCAUGGCAAACAAUACUGUGGUUGACAGGAAAAUUGCGGGUACUAAACUCGUCAAUCAUUCUUCGAAAGGUCAUGAAUCAUUUUGGGGUCGAGAUAUUGUAGUUGGUAUGUUAGAUAAAGAUGUUCCUGAUGGCAUCUCGUUUUCUAAAGUCAUGCCGAGAGAUUUGGACGAGUUCCGCCCUGUAUACAACACGCGACUCCCAGUUAUGAGUACUGAUUUUGAAGAGCAUGCAAUUGUAACAGAUUUCUCUUACUAUCGAAAUACUGGAAUCGGUUUGAGAAUUCCUGCAAAAGAUUCCAUUGAAUAUGAAUAUUAUGAAAAAAAAAUAGGAGGCGACAGCGGAAAUCCUUCUUUUUUUAUCAUCAAUGAUGAAUUAGUAUUACUAUUUGUAUUUACUAGUGGCGGGGCAGGAGGUGGAACUUCUAUUAAUCAUUAUUAUGAUGAAAUCAAUCGAUUAAUGAAAGAGGAAGGUAGCCAAUAUCAACUUACUCCAGUAGAUCUCCAAUCAUUUGAGGUCUCUGGCCACCACAUUCCCCAUCUUGUAGGUUAA